AUGGUCUCCGCAUCCAAAGCCGCCCGUGAGGCCAAGCGCGCCGCAGACCCCAACGCAAAGCCCAAGAAGUCGGCCGCGUCGAAGCUAUCGUCAAAGGCCAACUCGAAGAACGCCUCUACUGCCUCGUCGGUGAAUGGUGACGCUGCCGAGGAUCUCGAACUGAACGAGGAAGUCAAGAAUCUCACUCUCCAAAAAGAUAAGCACGGUCUGUCGGAUCGUGUGACGACGGGUGUGCUCGCCUCGCUACCGCAGUCUCGCGAUGUCAAGAUCAUUUCCGCAUCGCUGGUCUUCCACGGCAAGGUCCUCUUCAACGAUGCUACCAUCGAAGUCAACUAUGGCCGCCGAUAUGGUCUGUUGGGUGAGAACGGUUGCGGAAAGACGACCCUGCUCAAGGCCAUCGACGCGCGCGAGUUCCCCUUCCCCGACCACAUCGACAUCUACCUGCUGAACCAGGGUGCUCCCAAGACUGAGUUGGGUGCCUUGGAGUGGGUGGUCCGUGAGGCCGAGAAUGAACUGGCCCGCCUGGAGAAGCUCGCUGAGACGAUUCUCGAGAACGACGGGCCUGAGAGUCCGCUCCUCGAUGACAUUUACGAGCGUCAAGAAAGCAUGGAUCCAUCCACCUUCCACACUCGCGCCUCGCUCAUUCUCACUGGUCUCGGUUUCAACAAGGUCACCAUCCACAAGAAGACCAAGGACAUGUCCGGAGGAUGGCGCAUGCGUGUCGCCCUCGCAAAGGCCCUCUUCGUCAAGCCUGCGCUGCUGUUGCUCGAUGACCCAACCGCCCAUUUGGAUCUCGAGGCCUGUGUGUGGCUCGAGGAGUAUAUGAAGAAGUGGGAUCGCACUCUCAUCCUCGUCUCUCACUCCAUGGACUUUCUCAACGGUGUUUGCACAAACAUGAUCGACAUGCGUCAAAAGAAGCUCCUCUACUACGGAGGUAACUACGACACAUACCACAAGACUCGUAACGAGCAGGAAGUCAACCAGACCAAGGCCUAUGAGAAGCAGCAAGAGGAAAUUAAGCACAUCAAGAAAUUCAUUGCUUCCGCCGGUACCUACGCCAACUUGGUCAGGCAGGCCAAGUCUCGUCAGAAGAUCCUCGACAAGAUGGAGGCUGAUGGUCUCAUCGAGCCUGUUGCCCAAGACCGCAUCUUCACUUUCCGCUUCGCUGAUGUCGAGAAGCUACCCCCUCCAGUACUGUCACUCGACAAUGUUACCUUCUCUUAUUCUGGUAAACCCGAGGACAAUCUAUAUGAGAACCUCGACUUUGGUGUCGACAUGGACUCGAGGACUGCGCUCGUCGGACCCAAUGGUGUCGGCAAGUCAACUCUCCUUAACAUCUUCACUGGCAAGCUCAGCCCUACAUCUGGCGUUGUCUCGCGCCACACCCACUUGAAGCUCGGUGUAUACAGUCAACACUCGGCUGAACAGCUCGAUCUUACCAAGUCGGCGCUGGACUUUGUCCGGGACAAGUUCCACCACAUCAGCCAAGAUCUCCAGUACUGGCGCCAACAACUCGGUCGCUACGGUAUGACUGGUGAGGCGCAAACAUCCAAGAUGGCCACCCUUUCGGACGGUCAGAAGUCUCGUAUUGUCUUCGCCUUGUUGGCUAUCGAGGGACCAAACAUGUUGCUUCUUGACGAGCCUACCAACGGUCUCGAUAUUCCCACCAUUGACAGUUUGGCGGAUGCCAUCAAUGCUUUCAGCGGAGGUGUCGUCGUCGUGUCCCACGACUUCAGAUUGCUCGACAAGAUCGCAAAAGACAUCAUGGUGUGCGAGCACAAGACGGUCCGUCGGUGGGAUGGCAGCAUCGCCGAGUACAAGAACCAUCUCCGUAAGAAGAUGUCGUCAACUGGUGUUCUUGCUUAG